ACCCGGAGCCCGGACAGCUCCUGUCACAGCCAGCCGGCCGGGCCGGGGAGUCCGCGGGGCGGCCGCGCUCCAUCUCCGGGGCAGCGGGCGCGGGGCCGGCCCGCUAAGCAUCCAUUCCAGCCCGCCCCGCCCCGGCCCGGCCCUCCCCGGCCCGGCUCUCCCCUUGGCCGGGGCUGUUGGUGGACCCCGAGCGACGGCGCAGCCGGCGACGCUUGGUGCCCGGCCUGGACGCGUGCCCCCGGGCCGGUCCCUGAAUGGAAAGGCCGAACUCCCCGAGCUGGGCAGCGACCGAGCCGCGGCGGCUUCCUGGGAGGCAAAGGAAGAAGUGACGGGCCGCUCGGGGCCGGCGCCGCUCGCUCUCCUUCGGCUCCGGUGGGCUUUUUGUGCCCGUUUGGGGUUUUGCUUUCACUCCCCCCGAAGAUCUCCCCUCUGAAGAUGCAGGACCAGCGCCCCGAGACCGGAGAUGCCCGAGGACAGGAGAGGGCCGAGCCUUCCCGGGGGACCGUGGGGACCUAUGCGGCCGGGGGCCGGGGCGGCGACGAGGGCGCGGCCAGGAGCAAAGCGAGGAGCGGUGCCGGCUCGGCCGCCGCCGCCGCAGAGCCCGGCCUGGCUGACGGCGGUGGCUGCUGGGGAGACUUUGAGGGCUUCAGCGAGGCCGCCGACCAGGGGGACACUUUCAGCACCCUGGACAUCCUGGAGCGCUGGGCAGCCCCCGGGAGCCGGGGAAGCGACCCGGACUUGAACGGGUGCGGCCCGACCCCCGGUGCCCGCCUGCAGCCUGAGAGCCCGCCCGCUGCCGGGGGCGCUGCUGCCGGCUCGCCCGUAGAGGCCAAUCUCAGCUAUGAGAAUAUUUUUAAGCUUGUCUUUCAAGAAGUACCGGUACAACAAAUAACUGAGGAUAUUUGCACCUUACACCACUUUCUAGAAAAGCAUACGGAAGAAAAUACUAGCUGCAAACCUGUAAAGAAGCAGCCAUUUUGCUCUGAGUCCCAAAAACUCUGGAAGAUUCUCCAAGAUGAAGAUGGCACAUCUACUUCAAAAUGCCUCUGGAGUAAAUCUCAUUGCCAAGACAAUUUCUUACUCGUUCUUGGAAUAGAUGCUGCUCAAAAAGAUCUUUCAGAAGGUAAGAAUCACGUCCUUGAAGAUUCAAACCUGAAAGAGACUGAAGAAUUAACUGAAGUAAAUGGCUUUAAUCUUAAUAAUUGCAAGGCACUAAUUCAGACCAAGCUCUCUGGAUCCUCAGCUCCCCGACACAACAGCCUGUUUAUGUACAACUUGUUUUUGAAGAAAACUCCUUCCAGUGGAAAUAUGCAAUACAUAACAAUUCCAAGAAAGAAAAAACUUUUUACUGCCCGGAAUCUAAAAAUGAAAUUUUUUAAUAGUGAUGUUUGCUAAAGAAAAAUACUUUUUAUCUUUGAGGAAAAUCUUACAUUUUGCUACUGAUUUGGUACUGGAAACUGGAAAUCAUAGACAUCUUUGAGGUGAUAAACCAGAAAUUCUCAGCUGUAUUUUCCUGUGGCUACCAGUUUGCAUAUGAAUUAGUCAUGGGUAAAAAUCAAGACUUUUCUUUGAAGAGCUUGCUCUACAUUUUUAAAUGUACUAUUUUUUGGCCACCCCCAAUUUGCCACUAGCAAAUGAUGGCUUCUACAAACAUUGCAUUAGUUUUCUAGUCAACAAAUAAAUACCCAGGCUAAACCUUGAAAAGGAAUGCACUGCCAAUUUAAAGCUUAGGGAUGCCAUAUAUUUCUUUAACAAAGUUGCCGGACCCCUGCUCUCAGGUAGCUAUUGGAGAUGCAGGCUUUGGUAGCCUGCCUCUGGGGCUCAUUCCGUGGUAGCAUGAGAUUCAAGAUCACAGAUGGCUGAUGGAAAAAAACCAGCUCAUCUUCCGAUGGCACCCCAAUGUCUUGACUCAUUCGUUGACCUUUUGUUGAUGACUAGUAGAACUGAAAAUUCUUAGGAAAGGUUCCAGCUGUGACUAGAUGUCCCAAAAUGUGAAUAUUUUCAGUGUCAGCCUGUUCUGCAUAGUUAUUUUCUUUAUUUUCAGGUGACAAACUAUGGCUAAGCCAGGAUAAUGUCCCUGUGGAGAUGUCUGCUUAAAUGCUAUGAUGCUUGUUUGGAAUAUGUUAAAAUAUUGUACAUAGUAGGUUUAAAAUAUGUUCUAAUUAAAAGAUGAGGGAAAACCUAAAGGUAUCUCCCCAAAGUAUCUUAAUCAUAACUUAAGCUGGUUUUCCCUAAAAUAUUCGUUUUUAAGGGUCUUUCUGGAGACACCUCAAUCUUCUGUUUGGACAUAAAACUCAGUGCUGCGUGUUGUGCACUAAACCUGAGAUAACUUGACAUUUUCCUAAGUAACUGCUGACCUUGACAAAGCAGCACUCAUGGGCAACAGUUUUAUUGCAUUUUACACUUUGUUUUAUGGAACAUCCAAAUAAAAACUUUCUCCACGUCUCCACUGAAGAAUCACCCCUGUUAAAAAUGGCAAGAGCCAACAAAUCCACACUGACUUUUGUAACAUUUUAUCAAAUAAAGUUCCCUGAAUAAACUUU